CUCGCUCAUCCUCACCGAUGGUCUGCAGAACAAGGGGGACUUUAAAAAAAAAUUAACAUCUGAAACAAAAAAAACAUCCUACAUUAACAAAAAAAAAUCUCGAAAAAAAAAAACAAAACUACUAAAAAUCCAUCAUGAGCUACGAUCCUUAUAUCUCCUACCGCCACACUUGGGACAGCUACCGAGGCUCUUCUCGACCUUCCACCACCAAAUCCUUAAUGUACUCCUCUCUCUACUCCUCCUCUUCCUCCCGAGCCCUGGGUCUGGCAGCUGGGAAGCAGCGGACCCUGCGUCCACCGGCCUCUUCCUCACUGCCGGAUGCGUCUGCACGGAUGGACCUGGCCCAGGCCUCCAGCCUCAACACAGAGCUGCUGGGGCUCCGCAGCCAGGAAAAGGAGCAGCUGGUGGGCCUCAACGACCGCUUCGCCACCUACAUCGACAAGGUGAGGCGCCUGGAGCAGCAGAACCGGGCCCUUCUGGCAGAGCUGGAGGCUCUCAGGAGGAGGCAGAGGGACCCGUCCCGUCUUCAGGGGCUCUACGAGGGUGAAGCCCGGAGCCUCAGGGCUGCAAUCGACCAGAAGACAGGAGAUAAGAUGCGCAUGGAGGCAGAGAGGGACUACCUGAGGGACGUGUACGGGCAGCUGAAGGAGCGCUAUGAGGAGGAGGCGCAGUGCCGUGCGGAUGCGGAGGAGGCCCUGCAGAGGGCCCGGGAAGAAGUGGGGCGGGCCAUGCUGUCUAACUGCGAUGCGGAGGCCAGCGUUGUCUCCCUGGCCGAGGAAAUGGGCUUCCUGAAGAAGGUGUUUGUGGAGGAGCAGGCGGAGCUGCAGUCCCAAGUAGUGGCGGCUAACGUGUUUGUUGACAUGGAGGUGAGCAGGCCAGACCUGUCUGCGGCACUCAAGGAGAUCCGGGCGCAAUACGAGCGGCUGGCCAAUAAGAACAUGCAGGCGGCCGAGGACUGGUACCGGGGGAAGUUUGAGUCAGUGGCGGAGAUGGCAUCGAAGAACAACGAGGCGGUGCGCUCCAUCCGGGAGGAGACCAUGGAAUAUCGCCGGCUGCUCCAAUCACGCUCCUCUGAGAUCGAGGCCCUGCGGAACGUCAUCGAGUCGCUGAACAAACAGCUGGAAGAGCUGGAGGAGCACCAAGGGAAAGAGGUCACGAAGUACCAGGUGAGGAUAAACGAUCUGGAGUGCGACAUCAACGAGGCUAAGCAGGAGAUGGCUCGCUACCUCAGAGAGUACCAGGACCUUCUCAAUGUUAAAAUGGCUCUGGACAUUGAGAUAGCUGCAUACAGGUAA